AACAGGAAGUUCGCCUUCAAGGCAGAGCAUUAUGGGAUGCGGACCUAUUUCUUCAGUGCUGACACCCAGGAGACAUGGCUGGCUGGGUUCGAGCCCUGAACCAGUGUGCCAAAGUGGAGACAGACCCGCCAGUGCUCUCCCUGAACAGACGCUGUUCAAGUUUCGAAGAUUUCACUCAGUUAAGGUGCAGCUCCGAGUUUUUGGAACUGCCUGAACCCCCCUCUCCAGGGAUGGUUCAGCCCAGCCUCCCCCUGCAGACAAUGCAGCCCGGACUGAACCAACUC